UUUUUUUAUGUUUUUGGAUGUUUAGGGCAUUGACAAAACUAAUUGACGCUUCUUCUAUUUCAAAUAAAUUAAAUAUUGCAAAUAUGAGUCAAUAUACAAUUGCGGAAUGUGGUUCUCGUAAUUCUUUGGAUUAUCGAAUUUUUAUUAAAGGACCAACGGGAAAUCUUGUUUCGCCUUGGCACGAUAUUCCUUUGUAUGCUGAUCCUGUAGCGAAAAUAUUUAAUAUGGUUGUUGAGAUACCUCGUUGGACUAACGCAAAAAUGGAGAUGGCAACGAAAGAGCCAAUGUCACCAAUUCGUCAGGAUGAGAAAAAAGGUUUACCACGUUUUGUGAAUAAUAUAUUUCCUCAUCACGGAUAUAUUUGGAAUUAUGGAGCCUUACCUCAAACAUGGGAAGAUCCAAAUCACGUGGAUGCACAUACUGGGGCUAAAGGAGAUAAUGACCCGAUUGAUAUUAUUGAAAUUGGUUCGAAAGUUCAAGAAAGAGGGGCUAUUGUUCAGGUGAAGAUUCUUGGAACAUUGGCACUUUUGGAUGAAGGCGAAACUGAUUGGAAGGUAUUUUGGGGAUCUUGUGGACUUUGUUGCCCCAUUUUGAUUCUUUUCUAUUUUCAAUUAUUUUAUUUACCUGGAAACUAA